AUGAGCCAGGCAGACAUUAAUGCACUAAUAGAAUGGUCUCAAUCAAAAGGGUGUAAAAUUCCAGAGUCUAUCGAGUUCCGAUUGUCAGAAAAUGGUGUUUCUGCUUUUCUUAAGAAACCGGAACUCCCAUUGGAAGUUUCUGUUUUCGUCCCCACAUCUAUGAUUAUAUCUCCCCGUAUUGCAUAUUCAGAACUCAACCUUAGUGAAUCUGCGAGUCCUGGCACGGCAUUGAAACUUCUGCUUUGUCAAUGGAAAUCAAGUUCAGAAUCUCAAUUUGGGCCAUACAUCUCGUGUCUUCCUUCAUUGAGAAACAUUGGCUCUCCCCUGACAUUCAGCCCAGAAGAGCUUAACUUUUUGUCUGGUACUAAUAUGUAUCAUGGAGUUCUUCUAAAAAGAAAGCAAGUGAUCGCUGAAUAUAGAAAAGCAAUAAGCUACUUAGGAGUAAAGAACCCUACUAAUUACGAGGAGUAUGAUCAAGCUCAGUUUUUCGAAUCAUUAAUGGAAGAGACCUCUAAUAAAUGUCGAUAUCCUCCGUCAUUUUCAUGGUUUCUGUGGGCACAUUUGAUUGUUACCUCUCGUAGUUUCCCUUACAAGCUCAUUGAUCCUGAAUCUCCUGAUGAUGCCGUCAUGCUUUUGCCCGUUAUUGACCUCUUCAACCAUAAACCUAGAUCUAAAGUCACAUGGAAAACUUCAUCCGUCGGUUUUGAGCUAAGACUUCAAAGUGGAACUGACAUUAAUGGGGAAUUAUUUAAUAACUAUGGACCAAAAGGUAAUGAAGAGCUUUUAAUGGGGUACGGUUUUGUAUUAACUGACAACGAGAAUGAACAACUACAAUUGACCAUCGAUAUCGAUGGCAUAUGUACGAAAUUUCUGCAGAUUUGGCAAGUUUACCUUCCACAACUCAAAGAAUACACUUACUCUGUUUGUGCUGAUGAAUUGUCAACUUCAAGUCAGUCAAGUCCAACACGUGUCGUGUUCAUGUGCAAUAGGCAUCGCAUUUUACCAGCUGGUUUACUGGAGCUGUUCGCAAGUAGGUGCGCAAAUUUGGACGACACUCGCAGAACAUUGAAGGCUCUCCUCAAUGGACUAAGUAACUUGAAAUCUGCGCUGAAUAUUAAAUUCAAGCAAAAGCUAGACAAGUUCCAAGCAUUUCCUUUUACAUUAAAGGGCACUGGCUAUUUUGAAUCCGAGGAUAUGAUGAGGUCUUUACAAAAGAGCUACGAAAACUCUUGUAUUUAUCGGCAAUCUCAGCUCGAUCUGUGGUACACGCUGAAGAAAGAGUUGAAAAACAUGGAGAAGGAGUUGUUAAGACAACAUAGAUCUCGCAUCAUUACCAUUGGAGACAUUAUGAAAAAAGAAUUAUUUAUGCACGACGUAACCACCCGGUUGCGCUUACCUCUAACGAAAGACGUUCUCGCAUCUCCUGAUAAAGAGAUAUUGAUCAGAAUAUGGCUUUUACGGGUGACAGAAGGAGCUCAGUCGUACUUCGACACAGCUUGGAUCAAAAGAGAAUUUGCAUCGGUAUCACCAGUAGUGGGAUCUGACGUGUCCGACGUGCGUCAACUGUAUGACAAUUUGAAAGAUUCUGCACAGCUCCUCAAAUUGAAUUCUUGGUCUUUAGAGAACUUGAUGAAAGUUGAGCAAGUUAUCAUGCGUAAUUCUUAUGCCAAAGGCUCAAAGAGGGAAACGUUUUUAAUUUGUCCCACUGCUCUGUGA